AUGAAACGGAAAAAAAUCGAAAGAUGUAUUUACUACAUAUUAAACAGAGUAAAAAUUCAUUUAAGAAUAUGGAUAAAAUUAAAAAAUGUUGUGAAAUAUAUUCUAGGAUUUUUUGUUAUAAAAAGAAAAUUAAAUGUAAGGACUUAUAGAAAAAGAAGAACAUUUCCAUCUAUGACAUUAGUUCUUGAUUUAGAUGAAACUUUAAUAUAUUGUACAAAAAAAAAAAAAUAUGAUUAUCAAAAAGAAAUUGAUGUAUUAAUAAAUGGAAAAUAUUUAUCUUUAUAUGUAUGCAAAAGACCAUAUAUAGAUUUAUUUUUUUCUGUUUUAUAUCCAUAUUAUGAAAUAAUAAUAUUUACAACUUCAAUUAAAUCAUAUGCUGAUACUGUUUUAAAUAUUAUGGAUGUUGAUCAUUAUAUUGAUAAGAAAUUUUAUAGAGAAGAUUGUUUUGAAAUGAAUGGUAAAGUAUAUAUUAAAAAUUUAGUAAAUAUCAAAAAAGAAAUUUCAAAAAUGAUUUUAAUAGAUGAUUCAAACGCUUCCGGUUUUAAAUAUCCAGAUAAUUUUUUUCAUAUCAAAAAAUGGAAAGGGGAAUUAAAUGAUACAGAAUUAUUAGACAGUAUUCCUUUUUUUUUGAACCUUCGCAAAGUUGGCGAUAUAAGGUCUAUUUGUUCUUUUAAAGCCAAAUCACAAAAAGAUAUAGCAAAUUUAUUAACAACUGCUCCAGUUAAACAUAUAAAUUAUUUAAAUGACAAUUUAUCCCAAUCUUUAUAUCCACAAUCAUUAGCCUUUCAAGCAAUAAACUAUUUAAAAAUAUUUAUGAACAAAUUUAGAUAUGCUCGUAAAAAAAGACAAUGGAAUGAAUUAGGAAAAAAAAUUAAUAAUAAAAUGAAAUCUUAUCCAUAUUCAUUGUCAAAACUCAAAGGUUCUAGUGAUGAUGAUGAACAAAAAAAAACAAGGGAAAAAAUGUUAAGAAGAAAAUUACACUAUUAA